AAUGCACCAAACACAACGUUGACCUUGUAUUUCUGGUUGAUAGCUCUGGAAGUCUUAGAAAUGCUGAUUUCAUAAACAGCAAGAGUUUCAUCAUUGACAUCAUGAAGAAUAUGAGCAGCACUUCCAUUCAGUUUGCUGCAGUGCAGUUCUCUUCGGAUGUUCGCACAGAGUUCAAUUUUUCCAGAUAUCAGGCAAUUAGAGAUCCGGAGAAACUCCUGACCAAUAUGCAGCAUAUGAUGCUGCAAACCAACACACACAAAGCCUUGAAUUACACAAUUGGAAAUCUGCUGUACAACACCCAAUAUGGAGCAAAAGAGAAAGCGACCAAAGUGCUGCUGAUCAUCACAGACGGGGACAGCACUGACUUUGACAAAGAUUACGAUUACGUGACCAAACGUCUGGACGAAAAACACGUCAUCAGAUACGCCAUUGGGGUUGGCUCUGUGAACAUCAAAAAUCUGAAGAGCCUGGCUUCUGAACCCAAAGACAGCAACACCUUCUACGUUAACGACUACAAAGGGCUCAGACGUAUCCUGGACAACAUGCAGGAUAGAAUCUACAACGUGGAAGAUGAGAAGACAAAAUGCUGGUCCUUUGUAAACGAGAUGUCGCAGAGUGGGUUCAGCGUGGCAUAUGCCAAG